GUCUAUAUAUAUCAUCGACAAAAUUCGUGCCUAACCAGUCAAUUAUUUCCAACAUUUGACAACAAGGUUUCCUCGCCGGAGACGAGAGAUGACGAUUCGCUACGCCGCUGGUGCGCUAUUACUCCUCACACUCGCGUUGCUGAACGUUGCCGAUGGCCGGGAUUUCAUCAAGCUUCCUUCCGAUGCUCGCCGAUUCUUCGGUGGCCCGGAGGAGGACAACGGCGGAGAUGAUGAUGAUUCCGUGGGUACGAGAUGGGCUAUCCUGAUAGCUGGAUCAAAUGGUUACUGGAAUUACCGACACCAGGCUGAUGUAUGCCAUGCAUAUCAAAUCCUGAAAAGAGGUGGUCUCAAAGAUGAAAACAUUGUUGUUUUUAUGUACGAUGACAUUGCUUACAAUGAAGAAAAUCCGAGGCCUGGAGUCAUCAUUAACAAUCCUCAUGGCGAGGAUGUCUAUAAGGGAGUUCCAAAGGAUUAUGUUGGAGAUGAUGUUACUGUCAACAACUUUUUUGCCGUACUUCUUGGGAACAAAACUGCGGUUAGAGGAGGUAGCGGAAAGGUUGUCGACAGUGGUCCAAGUGAUCAUAUAUUCAUAUACUACACUGAUCAUGGUGGUCCUGGGGUGCUUGGUAUGCCUACUAGUCCAUACAUAUAUGCGGAUGAUCUGAUCAAUGUUUUGAAGAAGAAACAUGCUUCUGGGACAUACAAGAGUUUGGUAUUUUACCUUGAAGCUUGUGAAUCUGGAAGUAUAUUUGAAGGUCUUCUUCCUGAAGGCUUGAAUAUAUAUGCAACCACUGCAUCAAAUGCGGAAGAGAGUAGUUGGGGAACCUACUGCCCGGGAGAUUAUCCAAGUCCUCCCCCUGAAUAUGAAACCUGUUUGGGUGACCUGUAUAGUGUCGCCUGGAUGGAGGACAGUGACAUACACAAUCUUCGGACUGAAUCUUUGAGGCAACAAUAUCAGUUGGUCAAGACGAGAACUGCUAAUGAAAAUUCUUAUUAUGGUUCUCAUGUCAUGCAAUAUGGUGAUCUAAAGCUAAGUGUCGAUCAUCUUUUCUCGUAUAUGGGUACAAAUCCUGCGAACGACAACUUCACUUUUGUGGACGGAAACUCAUUGCGGCUGUCUUCUUCAAGAGCUGUUAACCAGCGGGAUGCUGAUCUCGUGCAUUUUUGGGAUAAGUUCCGCAAGGCUCCUGAAGGCUCUGCUAGGAAAGUCGAAGCUCAAAAGCAGCUUGCUGAAGCUAUGGCACACAGAUCGCACAUUGACAACAGCAUUCAGCUCAUUGGGAAACUUCUUUUUGGAAUUGAGAAGGGUCCUCAAGUGCUGAAUACGGUUCGGCCUGCUGGAGAGCCUCUUGUUGAUGACUGGAAUUGCCUUAAACUUUUGGUACGUACAUUUGAGACUCAUUGUGGAUCCCUAUCCCAGUACGGAAUGAAACACAUGCGUUCUAUUGCCAAUAUCUGCAAUGCUGGUGUGAAUAAAGAACAAAUGGGUGAGGUAUCUGCCCAAGCGUGCACCAACGUCCCCUCUAAUUCUUGGAGCUCUCUCCACAGAGGCUAUAGUGCUUGAUUGUUGCAACCAGAAUCUAAAACAUCAGAGAGUGGGAUUCUCUCUCUAUAUAUCUUGGCUUUGUGUGUAAUUAUGUAUAUAUCACUAUAACGACAAAUUCCAUCGUAAAUCAAUUGCUUGCAUGUAUAUACACAGCUCAGAAGCAUAGCUCUAUCUCUAUGGAACAUGUAAAACUUCUAGGAUUGGUUUUAUGAUUAUCAUUGUUGAUGUUAAGUGGCUGAAUAUUUACUA